ACUGUUUUUAUCAUGUUUCACGGGUCCACUGUCCGUAUUUCAACGCGUACUUUCCGCUGAAGUAGUCGGUCCCCGGCGUCGCCGCGUCUCUUCCGCGGGGGACGCGAGGGAUGUCUUUCGCAAUUUUCCCCUCUUGUCUCGUUUCCCGGCGAGCAAUGUCGGGCUCAGAGGCCUCUCCUUUAGAUUAAAUACCGCUGUGCUGCUGGCGCGGAGCUCGGAGCUCGGAGCCCCUCGCAGUCCUAUAACAGCGGGGCUAUACACGCGCACAGGAGCCGCGGGAGCCCGUCACACGUCGUGGACUGACAGCUGGGACCAGAUUUCGGGUUAGCAUCGUUAGCUGCGUCCCCGUCCCGGAGCUAACAUUUUUCUAUUUUGUACAUACAGAGUUUUGUAUAUACUGUUUAUGAUGAGCUCGCUGGGCGGCGACAAGGCCCGGGGCCCUCGAGAGAAAGCUCUGCCUGCUGCCACUCAAGCAUCACAACCACAGAAACAGAUACAGAUGCAGGCUACUGCCGAGCAGAUCCGGCUCGCCCAGGUCAUCUACGACAAGAAUGAUGCUGACUUUGAGGGCAAAGUUAACCAGCUGAUGGAAGUGACCGGGAAGAACCAGGAUGAGUGCAUGGUAGCACUCCACGACUGCAACGAGGACAUUAGCAGAGCCAUUAACUUCCUCCUCGAGAGCACCUCGGACAUGACCUCAUGGGAGACGGUCGGGAAGAAGAAGCCUCUGGUGAAGGAGGGUCCCUCAGACAGCAAGGAGAACAAGGAGAACCGGGAGAAGAAAGGAGAGAGGGAAGCUAGCAAGGGCCGCGCAGCAGCUAGCCGCCGGGGCCGGGGGGCCAGUCGCAGUCGACCGGCGCGUCCAGAGGAGAACGGAGUGGAGGUCACACCGGUGGACAGAGGUUCGGACCGAGGUCGGAGGGCCAGAGGUGGCGGCCGAGGAUCUGGAGCUCGAGGCCGAGGGAGAGGACCACCAGGGAGCCGGUUCUCCGCCCAGGGCAUGGGGUACGGGGGCAGCACACACAGCACCUUCAACCCAGCGGACUACGCCUCCGAGGGGGGGUCCGGGUCCACACACACCGAGGUGUGGGACCCGGCAGCCACCAGCAACACAGAUGGGUCAGUUACCUGGAGGGGAACCUUGGAAGACUGGGCGUCUGAGGACUGGAGUGAGGAUGUUGGUCUCUCAGAGACCAAAGUGUUCACCUCCUCAUGUGCUGCUGAGAAUCACAUCACACCUGGGCAAAGUCUGGACCUCGGCUCUCUGCUGCAGAAGCCUGCAGUUGGAGGAAGAGAGCCACCUUCGUCCUCUUCCUCUCAGAGUCUGGUCUUCACUAACUCCCACCACCACCACCACCAGCAGCAGCAGCAGCAGCAGCAGCAGCAGCAGCAGCAGCAGCAGCAGCCGCCCCCCAGCCGCAACGCCACCAGUAGCACCAGCUACGCUCAUGCUGCUCUGUCGUCGGUUCUGGGAGCUGGUUUUGGGGACCUGGGGCAGGCCAAGAGGGCUCCGCCUAGUGCUGGAGCUCAGAUACUGGAGCAGCUGAAGGGCCCUGGCUUGGGUCCGCUUCCUUCCUCCCAGGCUGCAGCUCCUGCCAGCACCCAAGGAAGCAACGCUUCCAUUUGCCGCCUGCCCGGCCUGGGAGCACCUGCACCUCCUCCCUCCUCAUCGAGCUGGGACAUAAAGGCUUCGGAUUCCAACGCCUCCUCGCUGUCCUCGCAGUUCAGCCGUGAGUUCGGCCUGCAGCCAGAGCCGUCUCUGGUGCUGAGCCAGCUGGUUCAGAGGCACAGCGGCCCCUCCUUGCCUCUGGCACGCCAACCGAGCCCUCCGUCGCAGCAACUAGCGCCUGCUGCUUCAGCCUCGCCCGCUCCCCACCACACCAGCACGCCAUCACAGGCGGGCCCGGGGAUGAGCGCUGCUGGUGCUAAACCUCCUGCCCCCGGCGCAGGGCUGGACCCUCAGGGUGGCAGCACCCCACAGCAGCAGCAACGGGCCCAGCUCAAAGGACAGAAACGAAGGAUACCUCCCUCAUCGAAGAUCCCCGCCACGGCGGUAGAGAUGCCCGGCUCGGCCGACGUCCCCGGGCUGAACCUCCAGUUUGGAGCUCUUGACUUCGGCUCGGAGUCGCCGUUGCCGGAGUUCGGAGUCGUUGACAAUUGUGCGAUGGCGGCAUCCAGGGAGUCCACACCGGCCCCUGCACCGGGACCAGGGACCCAGAACCAGACGAGCUUGUACUCCAAACCACUCAGCGAGUCGCUGGGCAGCCCUCUCUCCGUGGCGCUGCCUCUCUCCUCCUCAGAGCCGGUGUAUCACUCCUCUGGGCCGUUGCCCAGCCUCACUCCCUCAUUAGGGACUGCCAGCUCCUCCAACCCCCCCUUGUGUUCUUCGACAGCCUCCACCACCUCCUCCUCUCACUUCUCCACAGUGGGGGGUAGUUACGAUGGGACCAUGCCCCCUCACACACGACUGGCCUUCUCCCAGAGUAAAGAGGCCACGGGACCAGUCAUGAAUGGUCUGAAUGGUGUCAGGACCUCUGCUGCUCUAGACACUUCACCGAAGCCAGAGUCUCCGUCUCCGAACAUCAGCACCAACGGUGGCGCCGCCCCCUCCUCCCACUUAGCAUCCAGCCUGCCUGCACACGGCUCCACCGGGCUCUCCAGCCUGGCACAGGACCUGCCCUCAGCCGGCCAGCUGACCUCGCUCAACAGUCAUGUCAAUCAUUCCUCGGUGUCGGCUCUGGGCUCCAGCUCUAGCUCUCUCACCUACACCAGUGUUGACAACAGCAACGUGAGCUCUCUGGCUCCCUCCUCUGGCUCCUACACGUCAUCGCAGCACUUGGCACUCCACUCGACCCACAACAGCAGCAACAGUAGCAGCGGCAUCAGCCACCUGGGCAACAUGGGCAACAUGGGCAACAUGGGCAACAUGGGCAACCACAUGAGCAGCACGGUCGGCGGCAUCGUCAGCGCCAGCGUGCUUCACUCGGCCGCCAUCGCCGCCGGCACGGCGCUGGGACUCGGCUCCAAUGGAGCCAACGCCACGUCGAACCUCUCUGCAGCGAGGACCACGGCUCUGCUCUCGUCCUCCACUGGUAAAGCUCCUCCUAAUUUAUCCCAGGGAGUGCCCCCUCUACUGCCCAACCAGUAUAUCAUGGGCCCAGGGGGGCUGCUGCCAGCAUACCCACAGAUCUAUGGUUAUGAAGACCUCCAUAUGCUCCAGUCCAGACUGCCAAUGCCCUCUUUGCAGGAUUACUAUGGGAUCACAUUCCCCGGCCCCACAGCGACUCUCUCUGGUAGAGACGGGAGCCUGGCCACCAACCCCUACUCAGGAGAAGUCACAAAGUUUGGCAGGAAUGACGCCACCUCCCCGGCACCCCCCACAAGCCUUGCGGCCCCGCAGGCCUCCCAGGGCCAGAGCCCAGGACAGAACCAGGCCCAGCCUCAGCCCCCCCAGGCCCAGCCUCAGCCCCAGGGCCAGCCGCAACACCACAGCAGUCAGCAGGCCUUUCUGCCCGCGGGCUACAGCUACACGGGCCUGCCUUACUACACCGGGGUGCCCGGGGGCGUCCCCAGCGCUGCUGCCUUCCAGUACGGCCACACCAUGUUUGUUCCCCCCGGGGGUCCGGGACCGGCCUCGGCCAAGCAGCACAGUAUGGGCCUCGGUCUGGGGAACCCCUCGGCGAGCCCCUUCCAGCAGCAGCAGACGCAGCAGCAGCAGCCCAGCGGCUACGGCCAGCACGCCUUCAGCUCAGGGUACGAGGAGCUGACCGCGGGGCCAGCAGGAGUGGACUACAGCAAAGGAUACAACUCCUCCUCACAGGCACAAGCCAAAUCUGCUGCUUCUGGGCCCGGGAAAGGGGUCUCCGUGACGUCCAGUAACUCCGGCGUGCCCGACAUCAGUGGAAGUGUUUACAACAAGACCCAGUCUUUUGAUAAGCAGGGUUUCCAUGCGGGCACACCUCCUCCCUUCAGUCUGCCAUCAGCACUGGGGGGUCCGGGCCCUCUGAACCCUGGAGGAGCUCCUGGAGGCUACGCCCCGGCCCCCUUCCUCCACAUCCUGCCUCACCAGCAACCGCACUCGCAGCUGCUGCACCACCACCUGGCUCAGGACGGACAGGGGGGUCCGAGCCAACGGGGCCAGAACAGCAGCCUGCAGCAGAAGAGCCAAGUCAACAAGUCGAGCUACGGCAGCUCCCCCUACUGGGCCAACUGAGAUGUGUGCGUGUGCACGGACACACUCUCACACACACACACACACACACCUGCUAUCUUACUGAUGAGAAAACAGAGGGACAAACCAUUUUACAACACAAGCUAAACAUACACUACACUACGCCCCGCCCCCUUUACUCUGUAUAUCCCCUUUUCAAAUUUAUGGCUGUUGUAUGUAAAAUAUAUUUAUGUAUGUAUUUAUACAGUAUAUAUGUAUUGGUAGGACAUAAAAUGUGGUUUUCUGCAUUUUGUUUUUAUUUUGAAGGACAUUUUAUUUCAAGUCGUGGAGAUGACGGUGGUGAAUAUACUUGAACACAAGCAUCUUGUGAAGUGGAUUUAUUUUGUAUGCGUACAUGAACUGAGAAUGAUGUACAUAAACUCUACACAUCAUUUUCACGGCAAAGGCCUUUUUUGUUUUAGAAGAAAUAAGUUUUUGUAACUUUAGUCUCCCGCAUCUGUGAAUCCUGAUCUUGAGGGUGACUUUAGUUUCAGCCCGUUUCCUCCAUCCGUCUCAUUCCUCCACUGGUUCUACCAGCCAGGCCUUGGAUUUGAUGUCAUUUUAACUUUGGUUUAUUCCUUGUUGUCCAAAUUAAAAGUUCUUAACAGUU